AUGUGGAAGUUAGCAGAAAAGUUUGGUCUGAAAUACAGCGACCUGCCGACAAUGCUAUGGAAUGUCUCGAUUUUCCUCAGGGUUCUCUGGGUUAAUAUCGACAAGCGAGACAAGAAACGAAUCUCGAUAUUCUUCUACAUUUUGACAGUGGUGGCAGCCUUGUGUUACUCCCACGUGUACAUAAUAUCUAUGGUGUGGUUUGUGUUGGUGCGGUACCCGCAGACAGGCGACGUGAUUGCUGCCGUGAUUGUGUUUUCACUUGGUAUUGCCAGCGUGAUCGGGAUCUCCAAGCUCAUCUACGUUUUAUUUCACAUGGACUCUAUCAGAGAUUUAGUUGAGGGAUAUCUGAUGUGCGAUUCCCAAGUGACACCAGGAAGCCGAUUUCAUAUAAACCUUACGAAAUAUUUGCGUAAAGUGAAGAAACGUGCCUUGAUCUUCUGGAUCGUGAUCAUGGGUAACGGAGUGGCUUACGUCACAAAACCUAUGCUUCUACCCGGUAAACAUUUCGCCGAGGACUUGUACGUUAUUUACGGUCUUGAACCAAUGCACGAUUCACCAAACUACGAGAUAGGAAUGACGCUUAUGACAGUUGGAGUGUUAUUUACUUGUUACCUGCCUGCUAAUAUUACCGCGUUCUUUAUUACAAUCAGUGGGUACAAUGAAGCGCAAAUGUUAGCACUUAGUGAAGAGUUACUACAGAUUUGGAACGAUGCAGAAACAUUCUAUCGAGAGACACAAAACCAAAUUUACAACCCUCAAGACAUUGUUCCUAACGUAAAAGCAAAAUUCAUAAAUCAAUUUGUCAAAGACCGUUUAAAAGACAUAGUCAAACGCCAUGCAGUAAACAUUAAUCUGUUACGUAAGCUGGAUAUUAUAUAUCGCGGUGCCGUAGCGAUCGAAUUUUUAAUUCUUAUAGUUGCAUUGAUAGCAGAACUACUCGCAGGACUGGAAAAAACUUAUCUCGAAUUGCCUUUCUCGCUGAUACAAGUGGCCAUGGAUUGUGUGAUUGGUCAACGACUGUUAGACGCCAAUGAAGCAUUCGAGAGCGCUGUAUACGGCUGCAAUUGGGAAAAUUUCGAUAAAAGCAACAUGAGAACAGUACUCGUGAUUCUUCAGAAUUCACAGAAGCCUUUCACUCUCUCAGCAGGCGGAGUUGCAAUAUUAAACUUCACUUGUUUGAUGUCCGUGCUCAAGUCCAUUUAUUCAGCUUAUACGACUUUGCGUACUGUAAUGCAUUAA